AUGGAUGACGCCAGAACUCCACUGAUGGAUGGCAGCCCCUCUCCAUUCCAGCGGUCCCGCACAGUGCCCAUGGUGGACCACAACCCAAGCAUGAACAUCAGACUUGUGGACCAGAUCGCCAAUCAGCCCAGCAUCACCGCCCACGGCUUGUGGGAGUUGGCAGACCUGCCACUCGACCAGGAGGGGAGCGCGAUACCAUCUGCAGCUGUCUUAGCCGCGGGAGAAGGCUCUGUGAACCCCGGCAUCACUAUACGUGACAUUUGGAAUUUGAUACAGGGAGGGGCCGAAACGUCGCAGCUGAUCAAGAAGUGUCCUGGGAUGGUGACAUCCGCGAUCAAGCUGGAUGGUGUGAGGAGGCUGGGAGACAUGAAGGUCGAG